AUGACCCACAAUUUGCUCGCGACUUUGCCUCCCCGAGACGGCCUACCUGGUGUAUCAAUGCCCUUUCAUGUCGCGUUCUACGCCAAAAUACCAGAUUUUAGGGAGUCCGUUGUUUCCCUCAGCCAGCGCGUCUGCGUAGGCGGUCGUCCUUCAACCUGCCUUGACGAGGAGUGGGACGGGGUGGAGCAGCCAGCUACGCUGCUUCUCAUUCGCUUGCCUUCGGGCCACUAUGCAGUCGCCGUUGGGUUCUUUUCCAGCACAGGAGACAGCAGGCAUCGCGUGACCUUGCUGGAUGGAGAAGUGAAUGUUGAGUCAAUUGAGAGACGCCUGUUGAUUCGCUGGACAACGCCCCUAGGCUGGUAUAGGGUGAGGCUACACGACAAAGUGCAGUUCUGGGAUGUUAUGACGGGCUUCGCGCGCGUGAAGAUGGAAGCCGCGCAGUCAAACGACCUUAUCAAGACGGAGAUCUUCACGCUCGAGGAGUACCUCUGCAACCUAGCCGACCGCGCGCUGUUCGAACAAUUCGAGAGGCAUUCAACGGAGGGAGUCACACCAAAGCCGGUGUCUAUUCUCGCAUGGUUUGCUUUUUUCCUCGGCCUGUUGAUGGGCAUUGUCGGUCUCGUGGUCGUAUACGGCGUACAACAGUAG